AUGCCUCCCAUCAAAAGGAAGACCUGGGACCACAAUGCCAUGAUACAAGCUGUGGAUGUAGUUCGAAGAAACGAAAUGGGAUACUUAAGAGCUGCAAAACGAUUUGGUGUUCCUAAAGGUACCCUUGAGCGCUAUGUAAAAAAGGAUGUCCGUGCAGAAGAUCUUGUCCAGGUUCGUAUGGGUAGACGACCAGCCUUACCCAUAGAUUUAGAAGCCGAGCUGGAAAGUUAUUGCAAAGAAAUGGAUAGACGAUUUUAUGGCUUACGCCUACAGGAUAUCAAAUACAUGGCGUUUCAAUUGGCUAUUAAAAACAAUCUAAGGCAUCCUUUCAGUGUGACUAAAGCCUCUGCUGGUAAAAAAUGGUUACGUGGAUUUUUGAGGAGACAUCCUACAUUAUCAAUUAGGACACCUGAAGCAGUUUCUGCCGCCAGAGUGAAAGGAUUUAAUCCGGUUGCAGUCGUCAACUUUUUCUCGCCUUUCGUCCUUAAUCCAGUGCCUAGGCUACAUAAGAAUAAUUCUUCUUCUAAGAAAACUGGAGCAGCUUCUAUAAUUACGGGUUCUCCAUAUAAGAACUCACUAGUAGAAUCCCUUAAUAAAAAGCAAGAAAAAGAAAAUAAGAAAACACAGAAGAAACGGUCAAAUAAAAAACCGCAGACAAGAAAAAGAAAAGAUUUGAAAAAGAAAAACGUUACAGAAGUUAGUUCCAGUUCCGAAGACGAUGACAUACCUGAGCUCGCAGAUAGCAGUGGGGAUGAAUAUGAUGCUGAAUGUCCCUUCUGUAACGGAAACUUUUCACAAGAUACAAGAGGAGAAAAAUGGGCUAAGUGUCAAGUCUGUUUUCGAUGGGCUCAUGAGGAUUGUGGAGAAGUAGCAUCGGAUAGUUUUUUGUGUUCUUUAUGCUUAGAUAUGUAA